GUCAGGCGCAAGUCGAGGUCAGUGGCAGUCACGCUGGCAUGCACGCUGGUUAAGUUGGUUCUUUAUUCUAUGCGCUGAUCACUAUGUUGCUCGCGCCGAGGUUAUAGAGGCUGGAAGCUGUACCGAGCCAAGUGUGAUGCUUCGUUCAUCUUUAUUUCAGUUCAAUACUUCCCGCAUUAAUGACGUACCGCGUAAUAAGUGCUGGAAAGCUCUGGAAGUACUGGCCAAAGCCCCGUUGUGUACAGCUAAAAGAUUUUGCUGCGCAGUGUCGACGCACAAACUCGUCGGUGAAGAGAGACAAAAUGACGAGAGCAAGGAAAUCACCUGUGUGUACCGAACUGGCGACUUUCCCGAUCUGGCGCACGACAGGAAAUCGAAGGAAAGAUUGCGGCUACUGCUGCGGCAGCAUACACUCAGGCUUAAACAUGGACUACGAGCACCACAGGAAUUGUCCCCCCAGGAUGUGCUUGAUUUGCUUGCAUUGAGCUCGUUUCGUAAGAGAUGCCGCCUGUUUGAAUAUCUAUUCUACAAAGAACAAAAGCGUUUGCGCCAGCACCGACAAGAAGUGAACUGUUUAGCAUCAGUGACGGAGGACAUACCAUCUUUCAAGAGGGAAUUUUUGCCGCACACAGCUGAUCGUAUUGAAGACUAUGGCCUUUUCAGGAAUAGUUUUCUCAUCCGUAUCCGAGGGAGCACAAUAAACAGAUAUUACGAGUCAAGGCAAAUACCAGCAAUACUGUUUGGCCAGAGUGUUGUGUUCGAUCUAGGUUACGAUGGCGUAAUGUCUCUGAGAGAAUGCAACAAAGCCGCCAGAGACCUGCUUGAGGCGUACGGGUGGAACAGAUGCAGUGGCGAUCCGUUUCACCUGCAUUUUUGUAAUGCAUCUCCAAACGGAGCUACUGCGCGAAUCUUGCAGGACGAGCUGUUCGCAGCAUCUGAACAUACAGUGUUGUCGGAGAUUACACCAAGCAGCUAUUUGGACAUGUUUCCAAAAGAAAAGCUUGUGUAUCUAACCCCGGACAGCGAAAACACAUUGGAUGCCUUUGAUUGCGAUGCAGUGUACGUAAUCGGAGCGCUCGUAGAUAAAGAGACUAAGGAAGGUGCUACUCGCGCCAAGGCAACUUCUGAAGGCUUGAAGACUGCACGGUUUCCACAGACGUUUACUUGGCACUGGGAGAAAGAAAUAUCAAAACCGCUGCACAUGACGGAUGUUUUCAAGGUCUUGCUUGCUCUAAAGCGAACAAACAGCUGGAAAUAUGCGUUAAAGUACUUGAACUCUAAGGUGACUGUGCUGCAAGAAUCGAGUAGCAUUUGUGUUCCGACUACUCCACAGUGCCAAACCCAAGGGAUUGCAUAGUUUCUAGCUGCAAUAUUGAAGUGACGUUUUAAGCAGUGUUCUGAGCAGUGCAGUGUUGCCCUUGUGCAGAUUUCGUUUUGAAACUGAAAUGCGAAAGCAAAGCUGGAAUUGUCAGUAGCUGUGUCAGGCAAACAGAAUUUGAAUCAAACUUCAUCAAUAACUUGUAUAAUUUUGUUCUUGACAAUUUUGGGAACCAAAGUAUUUUUUCCCCAAAUAUAGCAUACUGCUAA